CUCCACCCUUUUAUUUUUUGUUUUCCCGCUUUUAUUGGUUCAUCAUGCUUCGAUUUAUCCUGGUUCAAAAUCGGCAGGGAAAAACCCGUUUAGCAAAGUGGUACGUUCCUUACGAAGAUGAUGAAAAGACGAAGUUAAAGGGCGAGGUCCAUCGAGUGAUUGCCCCGAGAGAUCAGAAACAUCAAAGUAAUUUUGUCGAGUUUCGCAACUACAAAAUCGUGUAUCGACGUUAUGCCGGCCUAUUCUUUUGUGUGUGUGUGGAUGCCAACGAUAACGAAUUAUCGUAUUUGGAAGCCAUUCAUUUUUUCGUCGAAGUCUUGGAUGCAUUUUUUGGCAAUGUGUGCGAGCUUGAUUUGGUCUUUAAUUUUUACAAGGUUUACGCCAUUUUGGACGAAGUGUUUCUGGCGGGCGAAGUUGAAGAGACGAGCAAGAAUAUUGUGCUCACUCGUCUAGACCAUUUGGACAAACUAGAAUGAUCAUCCUUCCAUAUACCACCUUUUUUUUUGCUGUAAAUAAAUCCCGCCCCUGUUUAGAUAAAACUACUUUGCAUGAUCCAUCACUGACUCUGACAUUGACUCUUCACCCGCUACACUACGACGAUUUGGCGACGGCUGGGAGGUUGGCGUUGCAGCGGAAGGAAUGGC